AAUUUACACAUGCAAUCUGAUUGGUCCAGUGGGCGGGAUCUAGGAGGCUGCAACGCGAAGUAUUCUAAAACGCUUGGCGAAGGAGAGCUGCUGGGAGGAGCGGUGGGAGAAGUCAGGCGGUGUAAACAGCGUAGUUGGUCGGCACUCUGUCAGAAAGGAAAGGGAUGUUAGGUUACCGCACGAUGCUUCCACUGUGACGCCGAGUGAAGACGAGCUGCGUUCUGUUGCUCUGCUGCAUGGAUGGUGGCGCUCUGCUGAGGAGACGCAGACCAUGAACUACGUGGGCCAGCUGGCAGGGCAGGUCUUCGUGCAGGUGAAGGAGUUGUACCGUGGCCUGAACCCAGCCACGCUCUCAGGGUGCAUCGAUGUCAUCGUGGUUCGCCAGCCGGACGGGACCCUCCAGUGCUCCCCAUUCCACGUCCGCUUCGGGAAAAUGGGCGUGUUGCGGUCCCGCGAGAAACUGGUGGAUAUAGAGAUCAACGGGGAGCCUGUAAGCCUGCAUAUGAAACUGGGCGAGAAUGGAGAGGCCUUCUUUGUGAAAGAGACAGAGAAUGAUCAGGAAGUCGUGCCCUCAUACCUGGCAACCUCUCCCAUUAUAUCAGAGGGGGUGGCCUUAAUGGGAGCUCAGCUGGGUAAAGGGUUGACCCGCCUGUCCGACGGAGGGGCUGUCGGACCCUCUAUCCAGACCAUGGGCCAGCUACAGGGAGCCGGAGACAAUGGGUCAAUGAAGAAGAGGAGAAAGAGACGGAGGAAGUGCAAGGUGGACAGCGUGAAGCGGGAGGACAACGAGGACAACUCCGAGGAUGAGGACCUCUUCCCCAUUGACAUGAGCUCCGACGAGGAAAAGGAGCUGGACGGGAGCAGGACGGCAUCACGGGAUACCUACAGAGAGGAAGCGGGCGCAGGGAGCUCACCUGCUGGAGCGUUCAAGCAGAGCACCGUGUAUGCUCGUUCCGAUGGGGAAUGGUCUCCUGUGCUGAGCAAGCCGAUUGAACACACAUCCCAGACCUGCAUUCUGCCCAUACCGGCCAGUGGGGGCCUGUCUGUUUCAUGCCCCCUGCAAUCCUCUUUCUUCCAGCCGCCCCACAGCCCAAGUGGUUCCCGACCAUCUAGCCCCAAGAGUGAUUCGGAGCUGGUCACCAAGCCCUCAGACAAGGACAAGCAAAACAAGCCUGAGAUGCUAUGGGCUUGGGGAGAGCUUCCACAGGCUGCCAAGCCAAGCCUGUUCCCAGAAAAAACGGAGUCACCAGUGGUGUUGAUCCCCGUGUCAGAGAGCACACACUUCAGGGUUAUCCCAAGAGACUGCACCUCUGAACUCCAGGAAGAUCACCCCCGACUCCUCACCAUGUUUUUACCUGAGGGUGGGAACAGUGAAGCUGUACCUUCAGCUGGGGAGGAGCCGGAGGGGGUAGGAGCACCAGCAGCUCGUCUGAUGUCAGAGAUGGAGGAGGGGCGACAAAGCCCAGGGUCCCGUACACUUAGCAAGACAGACUCACCCUCAAAGAAGAAAGAUAAGAGGAGUCGUCACCUUGGUGCAGAUGGUGUUUACCUGGAUGACAUCACUGAAAUGGAACCUGAAGUGGCAGCUCUUUACUUUCCUAAAAGCGAUGGAGCCAGUGCUCCCAAGGGCACCUCGGAGAACGUAGUGAGAAGCACCAGCAUGUCUCCACAGUCUAUCGGCAGUUCUGGUGUGGACAGUGGCGUUGACAGCUUUUCUGACCAGCUUGGAGAUCUACCCUCUAUCGCCAUCUCUCUGUGUGGAGGACUCACUGACAACAAGGAGAUAACUAAAGAGCAAUUUCAGGAGAGAGCAAUAACUUAUCAGCAGUUUGCGGAAAAUCCAUCUAUCAUUGAUGAUCCGAACCUGGUGGUGAAGAUUGGAUCAAAGUACUAUAAUUGGUCCACAGCAGCGCCUCUGAUGUUAGCAAUGCAAGCGUUCCAGAAGCCCCUUCCAAAGUGGUUGAACGUUGAGCCUGUGCGUUUGCUCCAGGCAACAGUGGAGAACAUCAUGAAGGAGAAGAUGCCCAAAAAGGGAGGCCGCUGGUGGUUCUCGUGGAGGGGGAGAAACAGCAGCAUUAAGUCGGAAUCUGCUGCUGAACAGGGAGUUGGCAGUGGAGACCAGGAUGGAACGAUGUGUUCUGCAAACAGGCGAAAGGACGAAUCAUCUUCCAGCGAUGAGGAGAAUCAAUCAACAAAGCAGACAUCGGGAUCCUCUCCGUCGGAUCCCUUCGUCACCCCUGCUGGGGGCAUCUCCUACAAAAAAACUCUCCGUCUCACCUCUGAGCAGCUGAUGAGCCUGCAGCUGAAGGAGGGCCCCAAUGAUGUGGUGUUCAGUGUCACCACCCAGUACCAGGGCACCUGUCGCUGUGAGGGCACCAUCUACUUGUGGAGCUGGGAUGACAAGAUUGUCAUCUCUGACAUUGAUGGCACCAUCACUAGGUCUGACACCCUGGGCCACAUCUUGCCAACGCUGGGCAAAGACUGGACCCAUCAGGGCAUCGCCCGCCUCUAUCACAAAGUCAGCCAGAAUGGAUACAAGUUCCUGUACUGCUCAGCACGCGCCAUAGGCAUGGCCGACAUGACUCGCGGGUACCUGCACUGGGUCAACGAAAGGGGCACCAUGCUGCCCCUGGGCCCAGUCCUCCUUAGUCCCAGCAGCCUCUUUUCUGCUCUGCACAGGGAAGUGAUUGAAAAGAAACCGGAGAAGUUUAAAAUUGAAUGUCUCACCGAUAUUAAAAACCUGUUCCAUCCAAAUACCGAGCCUUUUUAUGCAGCUUUUGGGAACAGGCCAACGGAUGUAUACUCGUAUAAAGAAGUCGGAGUUCCUUUAAACAGAAUAUUUACAGUCAACCCGAAAGGGGAAUUGGUUCAAGAGCAUGCCAAGACCAACAUUUCAUCGUACGUGCGUCUCAGUGAGGUCGUAGACCACGUGUUCCCCCUGUUGAGGCGUGGGGACUCCUCCGACUUCCCCUGCUCAGAUACCUUCAGCCAGUUCACCUACUGGAGGGAACAGCUGCCUGAGGUGGAGAACCAGGAUGAGAACCUGGAGCUGAGCUGAAGCGGGCAGUGACUGCACGGAUCCCCACAGUUGUGUACAGCUGCUGCACAGGCAAGCGCAGACCUACACAGACCCAGAGAUGGCAGAUUUGCACAGUGAAGGAUUUUACCCAAUACCUCUAAAUACAGGCUAAGGAGCACUUUUUCACAGGAUUGUUAGACCAUAACGACUAUGGAAUAUGUGACUUACUGCCAUGUUAUUUAACCUCAUUUUUACUUACUCUUGUUAGCUGAAUAUGUAUAACUGUUUUUUGCUUCAUAGAUACAAGUUGUCACUGUUGAUUUUUCAAACAUUAAUAUUUCCACAGCUUAAUGCAUAGAUCAGACUUGCCCCUUUAGUCCAUAUAAGGCGAGUCACCAAGGAGAGCUAAUGGUUUGAGAUUAAAUUUGUGCCAAAAUGUUGUUAAAAAGGGAAACACUGUGUCAUUGAAACCCAUAUACAUUCAGUUCAACAAAUAGAAAAUAAACUAAAUAGUCAGUAAUCACCAAAAUAUAGUAUAAAUUUUCCAGAUUACGGAGCCCAGGGUAGAAAUGAUCAGUUAUAAAAGUAGUUAUGAAAAAUUAAAAUGAAUGAGUGGCAGUAUUUUUUUCUAUGCUAAAAAUGAUCACAAACAUUUAUGUAAAAAUACCACAGGGACUGUGGUUAAAAUACCCCUGAAUGAAGCAAUUGAAGGAAAACUCAGGAAGCAAAAGCAAUGCAUUUCGGCCUUGCCUUUCAAUAAUAAAAUAAGAAACUUUAUUUUCUUAUUUGGGGGUGUGGUGGCACAGCGGGUUUGG